GUUUCAGAUACAGCCACCAAGUGAUCAAUAUGUCUGCACACACAUCGGCUGCCAAUGUGCAAGACACUAUCGAGUCUAGACUCGAGAAGAGGACUAAAGGGAACUACGUGCCGGCUGGAGGCAAGACACUGCUAGUGUUCAUAGACGACAUGAACAUGCCGGUGCGAGACGAGUACGGCUCCCAACCGCCGCUGGAGCUGCUGCGGCUGUGGCUGGACUACGGGUACUGGUUCGACAGGGCCAAGCAGUGGAGGAAGAAUGUUAAGGGCAUGGUGGUAUGCGGCGCGGUGGGCCCUCCAGGCGGCGCUCGCUCCCCCCUCCCCCCGCGUCUGCUGUCCUGCUUCCACGCACUGUACCUCACCGCGCCGUCUCACUCGCAACUGGUCAAGAUAUUUGGAACUAUGCUGAACCAGCAUCUGCAGGUCUUUGACGAGGAGACUAAGGCUGUUGGUAAACUGGUGCUGCUAGCAACUAUAGACAUGUUCAACAUCAUCGAAGGCAAGUUGCUGCCGACCCCGAGCAAGAUGCACUAUCUGUUCAAUUUGAGGGACAUCUCUAAGAUCUUUCAGGGUCUUCUGCGAAGCAACAAGGACUAUCAGAAUACGAAGACGCGGUUCCUGAAACUUUGGAUCCACGAGUGUUUCAGGGUGUUCUCAGACAGGCUUACUGAUGAAAAAGACCGCACGUGGUUCUUCAACCUGGCGGCCGACACGCUGGGCAAGCACAUGGAGCUCACGUUCGCCGCAGUCUGUCCGACAAAAGAGCCCCCGCUCUUCGGACACUUCCUCAACCCGUACGACGUGUAUGACGACCUGGCGGACCCCGACGCGCUGAGGAAAUACAUAAUAACGCAGCUAGAGGAGUACAACAGCUGUCCCGGCGUGGUCAAGAUGGACCUGGUGCUGUUCAAGGAUGCUAUAGAGCACAUCGUGAGGAUCGUGAGGGUCAUCAGCCAGCCACGAGGGCACAUGCUGUGUGUCGGUGUCGGUGGGUCGGGCCGGCAGAGUCUGACGCGCAUAGCGUCGUACAACAUCUGCGAGUGCAACAUCUUCCAGGUGGUCGUCACCAAGACUUACGGAGUCAAAGACUUCAGGGAGGACCUCAAGUUGCUGUACACAUCAUGCGGGGUCGACGGCAAGAAGACGACGUUCAUAUUCCGCGACUCGCAAAUAGCGGACGAAUCCUUCACCGAGAUCGUCAACAACCUGCUCAGCAGCGGGGAGAUCACCAAUCUGUAUAAACCGGACGAGUUUGAGGAUAUAAAGGCAGCUCUAGAGAAGCCGAUGAAAGCAGCUAGCAUAGUGCCAACACACGAGUCCACUCACUUGUUCCUGGUGGGGCGAGUGCGCGCCAACUUGAGGAUUGUACUGUGCUUCAGCCCCAUUGGAGAGCCGUUCAGAAACCGCAUCCGCCAAUACCCGGCGCUAAUCAACGCGACGACGACGAAUUGGUUCCUGGAGUGGCCGCGAGAGGCGCUGCUCGAGGUCGCGUACAAGUUCCUCGAUGGACUGGAGCUGUUGGUCUCUAUUACUGGAGAACGGGUGAGAAGAAAAGAGUCGAUAGUGGACAGUCGCGAGGACUCACUGCGCGCCUCAGUGGCGUCCAUCAUGGCCGUCAUACACUCCUCCGUGGGCAAAUGUUCAGUGCAAAUGUGGGAAGAGAUGAGGCGAACUAACUACGUGACUCCAACAAACUAUCUGGAGCUUGUAGCUGGGUACAAGGACAUGUUAAACUCGAAGCGCGUGGAGAUAGCCCUCCAGGCCAACAAGCUCCGCAACGGACUGGGCAAGGUGGAGGAGACCACGCGCCUCGUGGCGCAGAUGUCGGAGGAACUGGCCGAGGCUCAGAUACAAGUGGCGGCGUACACGGAGCAAUGCAUAGAGUACAUGGGCGUGAUCAACGUGCAGCAACGCAACGCGGACGAACAGCAACGCAGCGUCGCGGCGCGGAGCAAGAAGACGUUGGAAGAAGAGGCGGUGUGCAAGAAGUUGGCUGAAGCUGCCAUGAGGGAUUUAGCGAGCGCCAUGCCGGCGCUGGAGGAGGCCAUUCAAGCGCUGGAUGCGUUAAACAAGAAGGACAUAUCUGAAGUGAAGUCCUACGCUAAACCGCCGCAGAAAGUCGAAAUGGUACUGGAAGCCGUGCUUAUUCUGCUACAGAAAGAGCCGACCUGGGCCGAGGCGAAGCGGCAACUCGGAGACCAGUACUUCCUGGACAGGCUGCGGGACUUCGACAAGGACAAUAUCCCGGACAAGGUGCUCAAGAAGAUCGGCACUUACACGGCGCGGCCGGAAUUCGAACCCGAGAUCGUGGGCACGGUGUCGCUCGCCGCCAAGUCGCUGUGCCUCUGGGUUAGAGCUAUUGAGAAGUACGGGAAGGUUUAUAAGAUAGUGAAGCCCAAGAAGGAGCGUCUGGAGGAGGCGCUGGAGUCUCUCCGCAUCAAGCAGCAGAUCCUGGCGGAGGCGCGCGCCAAGCUGAAGGAGCUCAGCGAGAUGAUAGCCAAGCUGCAGAAGGAGUAUGAUGAAAAGGUGGCUCAGAAAGAAGAGCUAGAAGAGCGGUCCAGACUGCUGCAGAUGAAACUAGAGCGGGCUGAAGCACUCAUCAGUGGUUUAUCCGGAGAGAAGGAGCGCUGGGAGUUAACCGUGGCUCGUCUAGACCAGGAGUUCGAGAACCUGCCCGGCGACUGCCUCGUGGCGACCGGCUUCGUGGCCUACCUCGGGCCCUUCGUCACCGAGUACCGGGAGACGCUCAUGAGGGACUGGUUUAAUGAGGUGUUCAACGAAGAAGUGCCCGUUACAAUGGACCUCACCAUGAAAAACUUCCUGCUUGAUGACGCCACCCUGAGGAGCUGGACCGCUAUGGGUUUGCCAGAUGACAACUUCAGCGCAGAGAACGGUAUAAUAGUGUCGCUGGCGCGGCGCUGGGCGCUGGCGGCGGACCCGCAGGGGCAGGCGGCGCGCUGGAUACAGCGCCUGGAGGAGCCCCGCCGCGUGCAGGUAGUGGACUUCGGCCAGCCAAACUACCUGAAAAUCGUCGAAAGCUGCCUAUCUAAAGGCACGCCCUUGUUGAUACAGAAUGUGGGUGAAGUUCUAGACCCCUCUAUAGAACCUAUACUGGACAAGGCCAUAGUGAAGAUUGGUAACGAUCUGUUCAUCAAGUUUAAUGAGAAGAUGGUUCCCUUCAAUCCGGACUUUAAGAUGUAUCUCACUACUAAACUUGGAAACCCAGCAUACUCCCCAGAAGUCCUCACCAAGACGACCCUAGUAAACUUCUCCGUGAAGCAGCAAGGGUUAGCGGCGCAGCUACUAGCCGUGGCGGUGCGGCGAGAGCGCCCCGCGCUGCAGCAGCAGAAGGAGGCACUAGUCAUCUCCAUCGCUAAAAGCAAUAAGAUAUUGGUGGACCUAGAAGACUCCCUCCUCCGCAUCAUGUACGAGUCCCAGGUUCCUCUACUAGAGAACGAGGAGCUGCUGCAGACGCUGCAGACCUCGCGCCGCACCGCGCUCGAGGCCACGCAGCAGCUCAGCACCAGCCGGCAGACCGAGGCCGAGAUUGACGAGGCUAGACAGACCUACGUCCCGCUAGCCACCCGCGCGUCAGUCCUAUUCUUCGCUCUCAAUGACCUGCCUCGAAUCGACCCGAUGUACCAGUUCUCCCUCGACUCGUACCUGGACCUGUUUGUGAACUCCAUCGAUAGAAGCCCCAAGAGUCAGGACCUGGAGGAGAGGAUUAACAAUCUGAUUGAGUUUCAUACGUAUGCCGUUUAUAAGAGCACAUGCCGCGCGCUCUUCUCCCGGCACCUGCUGGCGCUGUCGCUGCACAUGGUGUACCGCGUGCAGCAGCAGCAGGGCGCCGCGAGCGCGCGCGAGUACCUCGUGCUGCUGCGCGGGGGCGCGGGCGCGGGCAGCCGGCUGCUGCUGCCGGUGGCCGACUGGCUCCCAGAGGAGUGCUGGGACAACAUCACAGAGCUGGACCGGCUGCCGGGCUUCCACGGGCUGGCGGCCACCUUCGCCGAGCGCGGCAAGGAGUGGCACGACUGGUACCUGCACCCGGAGCCCGAGACACUGCCGCUUAUAGGCGAAUGGAACGACAUCCUCAACGACUUCCAGAAGAUGCUUGUAGUUCGCUCACUUCGCGUGGACCGCGUGUGCGCCUGCGUGGCCUCCUACGUGGCCAGCGUGUUCGGGCCACGCUACGUGGAGCCGCCUGUACUGGACAUCAGGGCUGCCUGGGAGGAGUCUAGCUGGAAGACCCCGCUACUCUUCGUGCUGUCCCCGGGCGCGGACCCGGCGGCGGCGCUCGCGCAACUGGCAGGGGACGUGCGAGCCGAGCUGGCCGCGCUUAGUCUGGGGCAGGGGCAGGCGCCUAGAGCCGCCAGCAUCCUAUCAAAAGCCAUGAAGGAAGGCAGCUGGGCGUUCCUGGCCAACUGUCACUUAGCCACGGCCUGGCUGGGCCAGCUCCGCGGGCUGGAUAACCCGAAGAUACACCCGCGCUUCCGCCUGUGGCUCUCCUCCAUGCCUGACGAGAAGUUUCCCUUGGCCGUGCUGCAGAACAGCAUCAAGAUGACUACAGAGCCGCCUCAGGGCCUCAAAGGCAACCUAGUCCGUCUGUUCUCCAACAUCCCCGAAGACCGCUUCGAUUCUUCCACACCCACAUACCGGCGUCUGCUGUUCUGCGUGUCAUUCUUCCACUGCACGCUCGUCGCGCGGAGGCGCUUCCGCCAGCUCGGCUACAACGCCGUGUAUAGCUUCAACGACUCGGAUUUUGACACCGCUUCGACUCCUCCAAGCACCACAUACCGGCGUCUUCUAUUCUGCGUGUCAUUCUUCCACUGUACGCUCGUGGCGCGGAGGCGCUUCCGCCAGCUCGGCUACAACGCAGUGUAUAGCUUCAACGACUCGGAUUUUGAUGUGUCAGAUAACCUUCUAGCAAACUAUUUGGAAGAAUACGAAGAGGUACCAUGGGACGCGCUUCGGUUCCUAUUCGCGAUCAUAAACUACGGCGGCCACAUCACCGACGACUGGGACAAGCGCGUGCUGGUCGCCUACAUCAACCAGUUCUUCAAUGAAGAGGCUCUGGAGACGCCGUACUUUAGGCUAUCCUCAGUGCCAGCGUACCACAUCCCGCGCGACGGCAGCCUCGACUCGUACCGAGACUUCCUGGAGCUGCUGCCGGCGAGCGAGCGCGCGGAGUGCGUGGGGCAGCACGCCUCGGCCGACGUGGCCGCGCUCGCGCAGGACGCAGUGUUGAUGUGUCAGACUCUGUUCGAUCUGACGAGCACGGGCGGCGGCGGCGCUGGCGGGGGCGAGGACCAGAAGGUGGACGAGUUAGCAGCAGAAAUGCUCCUAAAGCUGCCACCGAUGAUAGACCUGGAGACGACAGAGAGGCUGAUGGGCGCAGAGAUCGUGAUGCCGAUGUGUGUGUCUCUGCUGCAAGAGAUCACCUACUUCAACAAUCUGCUGGAAGAGAUCGUCGCUGGACUCACGGAGCUGCGUCGCGCGCUGGCGGGGCUGGUGGUGCUGUCGGAGAAGCUGGAGGUGACCUACGACUGCCUCUUCAGCAACCGCGUGCCCGUGUUCUGGAUGAAACACCGUCUAUCCACGAAGCCGCUAGGCGCGUGGGCGCGAGAGCUGUCGCUCCGAGGGGCUCACCUGACCGCCUGGGCCGCCGCCCCGCGCGCGCCGCCCGUGCUGUGCUGGCUGCCCAGCCUGGCCGUGCCUACGGGCUUUCUUACUGCUGUUAUGCAGACGACGGCGCGUGCCGAGGCAUGGCCCAUAGACACGCUGUGCUGGGAGUUCACUGUGAUGACGCAGGAAGAAAACGCUUUUGUAAGACCGCCUCGAGAUGGCGGUGUCUAUGUCAGGGGUCUGUACCUGGAGGGCGCGAGCUGGCACGUGCGCGAGGCGCGCCUGGCGCCGCCGCGGCCCAUGCAGCUCGUGUGCCCGCUGCAGCCGCUGCACUUCAAGCCGGUCAGGGCCACCGGGAAGCGGGUUAAGAACCGCUACAUCUGCCCCUGCUACUACAACCCCCAGCGGAUGGGCGCGUUCGUGGUGGCCAUCGACCUGGCGUCCGGACCGGAGCCCCCGGACGUGUGGGUCAAGCGAGGCACCGCCAUACUGUGCACCCUGGCUACUUAGAUCAUGGACUUUAUUGUGAGAAUAGUAAGAGUCUCAGCACAUAAUAAAG